AUACACAAGUGUAAUAUCAACAAAAUAGUUAGAAUUAUUGGUGAUUUUUUUUAUUUAAGUCGAGAUUUAAACGAAGAGGAAUGUAUUCAAUAUUCACAACCAAUUUCCCUUUCACCUCUUGGAAGUCCAAUUCCAGAAAAUAGUCCACCAUCAAUAAGGCCUCCUAAAUAUACAGGACAAAAGGGGAAUUUUAGAAGCGUUAAAGAAAUAGAUCCUAAAUAUCGGCAUAUUUUUUCGUAUCCAUAUUUUAAUUUUGUACAAUCGGCUGUGAUGGAUGACGCGUUGUAUUCAAAUAAAUCUAUGGUGGUAUGCGCCCCGACCGGGUCAGGCAAGACAGUUAUAUUCGAAAUGGCCAUAGUACAGUUGCUAAUGGAACUUGAAGAUAAAAACUACACUGACGAUUACAAGAUUAUUUACAUGGCCCCUGUUAAGGCCCUGUGCACAGAACGUAUUACCGAAUGGUAUUCAAAGUACAUGAAGCUUGGCCUCCUAUGUAUAGAAGUAACUGGCGACACCGACGUAGACUUCUCACAGUUACAACCCUACAGAAUAAUAAUAACAACUCCCGAAAAAUGGGAUUUGAUAACGAGACGUUGUAACGACCUGUCCCUCGUGAAGCUCUUCCUUAUAGACGAGGUACAUUCCUUGAACGACGAAUCGAGAGGGCCCGUCCUAGAAGCUGUUGUUAGUAGAGUGAAGACUGUACAGUGUUCAAUACAAUGGUGCGUCCGUCUUGUGGCUGUGUCCGCUACCAUCAGCAACCCUGAAGACGUAGCCACUUGGCUCGGGGGAUCACAGGCUGUACACUAUAAAUUUGGUGACGAGUGUCGACCAGUUAAGUUGAACCGCGUAGUGGAGGGUUAUCCGUGCUCGCCAGGGACCAGCAUAUUCAAGUUCGAUAUUAUUCUAAACUACAAACUUUGGCCGGUCAUACAGAAAUAUUACAACGGGAAACCUACUUUGAUAUUUUGCAACACUAGAAAAAGCGUGAUGUUCACCGCUGAAACACUGUCUAAAGAGAUUACUGUUGGCUUCAGUCCUGAACAAAAAGCGAAACUAACAACCAUAGCGUCUUCAAUAAGAAACAAGAAAUUACAGUCGUUGGUGUUGUCCGGCGUGGGUUGCCAUCACGCCGGUCUCUUACUAGACGAAAGGAACGCCAUUGAACGUGCGUUCAGGAACAGAGAUCUUCCUAUACUCAUAACAACAACCACAUUAGCCAUGGGCGUUAAUUUACCAGCUCAUCUUGUUAUUAUUAAGAACACGCAGCAAUAUGUCAAUGGCGCUUAUAAGGAGUACAGUAUAAGUACUGUGUUACAAAUGAUCGGUAGAGCGGGCAGACCGCAGUACGAUCGUGAGGCGACCGCCGUUAUUAUGACCAGACUCCAGGAUAAGUCGAGAUACCAGUCCCUGGUAGGUGGUUGUGAGCCCUUACAAAGCUAUCUUCACAAACGUCUGGCUGAGAACAUCAAUAGUGAGGUAGCUUUGGGUACUAUCCGUGAUGUGGCUCAAUGCGUACAAUGGCUUAACUCCACGUUCUUGAGAGUUAGAGCUGUUAAGGAUCCUAAAAGAUAUCUUGGUUUGCCACAGACAGCGACCGAGCAACUCAUAUCGAAGAAAAUCGAAGAGUUGUGUAUUAGAGCAAUGAACGGUCUUCAAAGUUCAGGACUUAUAACUAUGGACGAACUGGCGUGGAUAGAGUCGACCGAGGCUGGCCGUCUCAUGUCCAUGCACUAUCUAGACUUGGAGACUAUGAAGCUCAUUAUGAAGAUAGACGGCGAUGCGUCGCUGGAUCGUCUUUUAUGGUUGAUAUGCGAGAGUCAUGAACUAUCAGAUAUGUAUCUCCGUACAGAUGAAAGAAGAUGCCUCAAUACACUCAACAGGAACAACAAUUCCUCUACUAUUAGGUACCAAAUGAAGGGCAAGAUUACUACACGAGAGAUGAAGUUGAAUUGUAUAAUCCAGGCUGUACUCGGUUGUCUUCCAAUACCCGAUCCCUCUUUAAACCAGGAAGCCUUAAAAAUAAUGCGAAUAGCAGACAGAGUUUGCAAAUGUCUCGUCUCGUACAUAACACGUCCCAAUUUUAUAUCUGAUAAACCGAAAUUCUAUUCGGCGAUUUUAAAUUCUAUAACAUUAGCUAAAUGCAUCACGGCACAUUUGUGGGAGAAUUCUUUGUACGUGAGCCGUCAGUUGAAAGGAAUUGGACCCACUUUUAGUACGUUGCUCGUGACGGCCGGUAAAACAAACUUCAUGUUGUUAGAGGAAAGUCAUCCGCGGGACUUAGAAAGGAUAAUUAAUAAAGGUCCACCUGUUGGUAAUAUAUUAAGGAAACAAAUUAGUUUACUGCCAAAAUAUAGUAUAAAUAUAACUCCGUUAAACGAACAGACUGCUAAAAUACAGUUAUUGUUACUGAAUCAAGCUUAUCUAGCUGAGAACAUAGAACAUUUAACAGCCGGAGCGGCUCAUAAAUGUUACAUCGUUGUGGGAGAUUCGGAGAAUUUCUUACUUUAUUUUUCAAUUGGAAUCGACAGACAAUGCGAAUAUUUCUUUCAAGAUAUCAAUCCAUUUAGCAAUAAAGAUAUAUCUCAUAACAAAAUUCCCCAAACGAUAAGUCCUAAAAUACAAACUCAUACAGAUAAGGAGGGUUGCGAUCGCAAAAGAAAAAUCAAUAAUAAAAAAUCAAUACCAUAUGUAGAAAAGAAGAAAAGGGAGUCAAUAGAAGAUUUUUUAACAAAGAAGGAACCGUUUGAAAGAAAUACUAAAUGUUUGAUAGGAAACUCAAACAUAUCGAUGGAAAACAACCAAAAGAUUCCAGAAAAAUCUGAAUCACUUGAAGUAAAAUGUGAUAUCAUUUCAAAUAACCAGAAAGCAGUUGAUAAUGAAUUUGCAUAUCAAAUUGAUGAAGACGAUUUCCUUGAGGAAUUCGAUUACGAAGAAGUGGAUGACGAAAAAAUAGAUGAGUUGUUAAACGGCAUAGAAAAUGAAGUAAACCGUCCCUCAACAUCAGCAUCGAGCCAUAUGUAUAUACAAAAAACGAAACAAGACCAUUAUACUAACAGUUCAAAGAGACUUAAAACAAACGAUUACAAAGAACCUAAAAAUAAAAGUAAUAUGAAAAAUAAUUUCACAUUCAUCGAUAGAAUCGAAAAAAAUAUAGAAAAUGAUAACGAUAAUAUGACAAAUAAAACAACUGGUCUUUCGGAAGCAGUAAAAAAUCACAUUCAACAAUACUUACGAGAAACCAAAAGUAAUAUGAAAUGCAUAGGGACUAAUUUAGGUGAAUUAAACAAAAACUUAAAUACCGACACACCGAAUUUUACAAGUGAAGAAAAGAACGAAGUGGAUGACAAUGAUAAUUUCAGACCAGAAAUUAUAGAUUUAACUGUGUCAGGAACAGAAAAAUAUAAUUGUCCCACAAAAAAUUACAACGCGGAGGAAAUCCAUUCUAAGGCUCUGGGUUCUGAAACUGUUGAAAACACAGACGGGGAUAUAACACAUGAAGUAGCUGAGAUAUUUCUAGAACACAAUGAAAUAGAUUCGAUUGAAAUUGAAAAUGACAGAGCGGGUACCGAAAUUAUAGACAAAGAAAUGUUUAACAUUAAAGAAAAACCUCAAAGUGAAUGUCUAAGCCUCAGCCAUUUUAACGAGAACCCUAAAAAAGAUAUUAAAACUACUGACAUACAACUGACAUUAAGAACGUCUCCAGACACACAGAAAAGGUCCACACAAAAUUCCAAUGUUAUCUGUAUCGGUAGUGACUUUGAAACGAGACUAUACGAUCAAGAUUCUGUAAAAGACCCUGAAGCAAUUCCAGGGACUUGCUCACAAAAACCAUUAAAUACUUACAGAACAGAAGAAAACGAAUCGAGAACUAGCUUGUAUCAGAAUUUCCAGUCUCCUUUAAAUCCCACUGAAUAUAAUUUGGACAUUAAUGACCGAAAUAUGAAAAACGAAGGUUCAUUCAAAGACAUAAGAAAAUAUUCAUACAAUGAAGUAAAAACUGUUAGUUUUCAUAAAGAAAAUAUAACUAGAAUUUGUACUUUAAAUGUUGCUUUAGAUGUAACAGAUAUAGUCCACACAAACAACGAACCUAUAAUUUCUGAAUAUAAUGUUGAUGCCAAAAAAGAAACUAAUGAAAGCACAAGUUAUUAUAAGAAAGACUCAAAUACGCCCACAGACCUUAAAACUGACGGUAGUAAAACUUUUAUUAAGAGUGAUUACUCAUAUGAAUUUAAUACGAAACAUCAAAAAAGAGAGGUGAAAAAAACUGAUAAAAUUGCUCAAGAAAAAGCUCAAAAUACUAAUCAGAUAAUUCAAGGAGAAGAUAAAAAAACUACAAUUAGAGACAUCCUAAUGAAGUAUAAUAAAAAUGAUCCAAUUCAAAGUUGUUCAAAAAACGUUGAAACAGAAUCUCUGCUUGGAACAUACCAAAUAGAGCGUUCAGAAUUAAAACCCAGAAGAAAAUAUAGAAUAUCCGACUUAGAAAAAAUAGAUGUUACACUACCGGAAUCGUUGAUACCAAGUCAAAAUACAAACCACACAUUAAGUUUUGAAACAAAAACCGAACCAAAUCUACAUUUUACAAAAUUUGAGGAAAUACAAGAUGAAAUUAUAACUAAUAAAACAAACGAUGAACAUAACGACAGUUCAACUGAUACAAAUGAAGAUUGCAACAAACUCGACCUAGAAGAAACAGAUUUAAAUUUAGAAUGCGAGUUAACUGUCAACGACUCUUUUAAUUUCGACGAAGCUAUACUAGACCCUAAAACACUUCUACAGUCGAACUCAAACAAUGAAGUUAUAAUUCCACCACCGGCUGAAUUUUGCGAUAAUUCACCUGACGCGUCUCCACAAAUAAAUUUUCCUAACAACGAUUCUGUAUAUGAUCCACAACAUUCAGCUGUAGACGAUAAUAACGAAGUCUCUCCUACAAGCUUCAAUGAUGGUAUAAAAGAUAUAUUUACCUCUAAUUUCUCACAAUACAGUAAUUUUGCUGUACACAAUCAGAGCUCUUCUGGUAUUUUCAGUCCAUCCGUGAACAAUAGAAACGAUCUAGUAAAAUCUCGUUCGUAUAAAUUAUCACAAUUUAAAUUUAACCGCAAGAGGAUGUUUAAGAAGUAG